AUGGAACAUAUGCCGCGAUCAGAGUGGUAUAUGUUCAGCGUUUGGAUCUUCAAGCCCAAAGCAAUUGAGCGAAUCAUAGCCGAGCUGAAAGAAGCAAGCCCCAGUAAUUCUCAGUUCACCUACGAUGCCAAGUACAACUGGUUCCAUGUCAUCUGCCACCCCGAUGACACCAAAUCCAUAAAGCAAUCAUUCAGCCACAUCACUCAUAAAAUUGAAGCCGAGGCUUUUUACAAGGACAGGGACAAAAUGUUGACUCCUGAAGGGGUCCUUCAGGAAAACUUCGAGACCGACUUGAUCAGCCUCGUACACACCUCGGGCACAGAGGCUGAGGCUCUCAAGGCUCUCGCCUUCCCAGAGCGGCUUUCACAGUUCAGUCACAAGGCUAUUUGGGACAAGCUCGACUUUGAACAAGACCACUUUGGAACUGAACCUCUCAUAAUUCACCAUAUCGUCACCGAAACUGGCUUCAGACAGCUCGAGAGCGAUACUGGCGCUAUGAUUUCUUUUGCCCCUUCUGGAGCCCUGGUUUACCUUGGGGCUAACAACCAAGAGUCGAUCGACGAGAUUCAACAGAGGCUCAAUGUUUUGCUCAAGCUCAAGAAAACUGCCCAGCCGCAGCCUGAGCAUCUGCUGUUUGCUGAGGACUACGUUGAAAAAAAACUUCCAGAGCUCACGGCUGAUGCCCGCUACAUGGUCAAUAUCGAGCCUAAGCUAGCUUCUACAACUCUCUUGGAUCGGCUCGAGGUCCAAGACCUGCAGGGCAUAUAUACGAAACUCUACGAGGAAGGAUGCUCAAUCCGACUCUGCACAUAUGACUGCGACUUGAAAUAUCAUCUCUCGUUGCUCGGCCCCCCAAUAAUCGGCCGAUCUAGCAGAAAGUACAUUUUUGGGAACCGUCUAAUUGCCACCCCGAAGAACGCAGAGGGGUCCUUCUUCGCUGCAAAUCCACAGCCGCCCAUCGCGCUUGCCACGCCAGCCACGCCGGCCACGCUUGUUACCACACGGGGCGCUACCCAAGCCUCCCAGGUAUCUGGUGCCAUACGAUCUGCAGCCCGAACCUCAACUGUUGGUUCUGUGGCACAGACAAACUCGGAACUUCCGGGAAAAGACACAUUGCCGGUUCCGGACGACUUGAUAUAUCUCGAAACUAGCACAGCACAGAUCCCGCAGCCCAAGCCAGCUGGACAUAAACAGACUAUCGUCUCACAAACACUGGAAGAAAUGACAGCAAGCACCUCCCAUUUCCCGGGAUGGCAAUUUUUCCUGGAAACGGAGAAGAAAACUUCAUUAGCUGACCAAACUCCCGGUUCAGGCAUACGGUAUACCGCCUCUGGAUCUCUAAUCGAAUUAUUUCCCAGUGGCUCUGGCAGUGGCUCUUCUAGUUCCCUAGGUGAAUCUAUUACCUGGAGCAUGAGCCCGCUAGUUCCUCAGACGGUUUCUAAAACGACUAAUCUAGGGCGUUCGGCGACACGAAGUGACUCUGUUGUAGGAGUGCUAGCCACUUCACCUUCCACUCCUACCACACCGACUCCCCUAGUAAAAGACUUAGAGAGGGACGAAAAGGAUGCUCAUCGAUUUAGACGUUACUUGGAGUCUGGGGCCAAUGGCUUCGAGAUAAUGAAUCAGCAGGCAAAGUCGAAAAAGAUAGCCCAACCUCUCGGAAAGAAGAAUACCACUUGGGUAGAGAAGUCUCCACCGACCUUUACUGAGGAGAUUCACGCAGCCAUAACAAGGCUGCUCACCACGGGCCCCUAUUUACGCGGAAGAGUCUCCGUAACUGCGGAAUUUGGUCGGGCAAUCCUUUUGAAAAUGGACCCAUCCGGCCUAUCCUACAACGCCUCGGGGUCGCCUAGCAGUGGCUGGGGCAAAACAGUCCUAAUAGACCUUUUGAACAGCUUGAUGACCAAAGACGAAGCCUUUCAAUUUACAACCAUCCUCGGCACCUUUGCCGCAGAUGUAGACACUAUGAUCAGUACCAGAGAUAAAGACAAUUACCUAUGGAAGGAGAACCCGACCUCCUCUUGGACCGUCUAUUCGUUUCAUUGUUUCAGUACUAGCCCACCGGGCCGCUUUAUUGUCGAUAUUAUAGAUGAUCCGACGAAUGGGUUCUCCUAUAAGCUACAGCAGUACACUCGACGUCUCGGUUUCAACGCAAAUGUCGCUGUUUACGUCCAUGGAUUGCUUCGCAACUGGGACUUGCGUAUAAAACUUUCCCACGAUGACGAUGAAAUCAACGAGCAACCAUUCAGCACCUUUGCUAGGGCGCUCAUAGAUUCACUGAGAAUUAGCAGAAACACCGAAGGACCAAGCGGCCUUGAGCUACAAUUUCCCCUGAAGAGCGACUUUGGCGUGAUCAUUCGAGAUGUCCGUGUUGCCACCAAGUGGCGUUAUCUCAGCCCCGAUGCCAGAAGCGUACUCAACGUCAGCGAAGUUGAGCAGCUAGAGGUUGAGCCUGUUGGUGGCGGUGCCUUCCACACCGGUAGAGGCAACCAAGGCGCACAGUCGGCUCGGUCCUGGACUCCAAAAACAGCCAAGAAGAAGAAAGAUGAGGGAGAGUUUCCUCGCUGGUACGAAGCCUCCAUCACCUCCACUAGGGCGGAGGCUCUUUUCUUGCAGAACAAGUCACUAGGCCUUGGCCAGAAAGCAGAGUGGGACGCCAAUACCCUCCUCGAGCAGCAUAUUUUUGAGGACAUCUACGGUCCAGCUCUACAGAUGCUGAAGACUAUGGACCAUGUGGGUGGGAACGACAACAGCAACAUUAUGGAGAAGGUCAAGAUGAAUAUACCCAGACGAAACAAUCCGAAACCCGCUAUGCCAGGUAACGUUCCCGUCACAAGGAGAACCCUUCUCACAACGAAGAAACGCAAGAGGGCCCUGAAUUCUCUCACGCAAGUAUCGGAUUCGUUCCCUGCCGAAUCUGAUAAUGUCUCUGCUGAGUUGCGCCCUUUCUGGUGA